AUGCAUAUUCUUGACCUAGAAGCUAAACUCGACCGACUUGCUUCGGAAAACCGUUACCUACAAGAUGCCAUCGGUCAAAGCACACCUACCCAUCCGUCAACAGAUGAUAACAACAGCCUCCAAGAGAUGCUCGAAACACGUGACUUACAAUUGCAAAAGAAAGAUGCCGAGAUUCAAGAGAUCCGAUCUUUGCUUGAACCUCUUCAACGAGAAAUUGCGAAGCUGACCGAAGUCAACAACAAUCUUUCGGAAGUCAAUCGCAGCUUCACUGGAAACAAUGACAUCCCUUACGCUACCUUGCAGAGCGAGCAUGCGAAUGCCCACAAGCAAUUACACCACACGAGCCAGGAGCUCGAAGGUCUCAAGAAACAGCACCAUGAGCUUAGCGAUAACAUGGAAGACAUUGUUCGCCAGGAGAUUGCUAACGCAUUGGAGGAAAAGAAUGCUGAGAUCAGAAAGCUGCGCGAUGAGCUCGAUCUUGCUAGUCAACAGAUCCGCCUCCUUCAAAGCGAGAUCCUCGCGUCGAAAGGCGAUAAUUACCUUACGACUCGCGAUGAGGACUAUUUCGAUACGUCGUGCCAGAAGCUAUGUCAACACGUCCAGCAAUGGGUCUUGCGCUUCUCCAAGUACUCCGACAACCGCAUGUGUCGCCUCACCUCAGACUUGACAGACGACAAGAUCGCAGCCAGGCUCGAUAAUGCCAUCCUGGAUGGCUCUGAUGUUGACAAACUCCUCGGAGACCGCAUUCGCCGGCGCGACGUCUUCAUGUCGGUUGUUAUGACAAUGAUUUGGGAAUACGUGUUUACGAGAUACUUGUUCGGCAUGGAUAGAGAACAGCGACAGAAGCUCAAAUCGCUGGAAAAGAUACUCUCCGAAGUUGGUCCUGCUCGAGCAGUAGCACAAUGGAGAGCGACUACUUUAACACUCCUGUCACGCCGGCCAGCGUUCGCAACACAGCGAAACCUAGACACUGAAGCUGUCGCCCAGGAGAUCUUCAGCGUGCUAUCUGCCUUGCUACCGCCACCAGCUCAACUCGAACCGCAAAUUCUGUCAUCACUGCGCAAUGUUCUUCGCCUAGCUGUCGAGCUAUCAAUUGAGAUGCGCUCACAGAAAGCCGAAUACAUAAUGCUGCCACCCCUCCAGCCCGAGUACGACACCCACGGUGACCUCGUCCGCAAAGUCCACUUCAACGCCGCCCUCAUGAACGAAAGAUCAGGCGACUACACCAGCAACGACGAACUCGAGCGUUCCCAAGCAGUAGUCAAGAUUGUGCUAUUCCCUCUGGUAGUCAAAAAAGGCGAUGAUGUCGGUGAAGGAGAGGAUGAGAUCGUGGUGUGUCCUGCACAAGUCCUUGUUGCUGGGUCCAAGCAAGGGAAGAAGGUUGUCAGGGUGCUGAGUGUACGUAUGGGUUGGGUGGAUGAUGGGUGA